UUUGUCGCUUGUGUUUUCUUGCUUGUCGCGCUUCGCCGCUCGAUCAAAUCAAAGUUCGGUUAGAAAGCUCGGUGUGAUCCGGCGUAUUCGAAUCACGUGCGAUAUUCGCGAGUUAGUGUGACGUGCCGAGGUCAUGGAGAAUCCCGAAGAAAUCCUGCACAGCCUCGAGGAGUUCUCGAAGCUUCGACCGAAAAGCAUCCCGCGCGAACUGGAAGAGUACCUCUGUUUCGUUGCUAAGACUGGCGACCCGGUCUAUCAGUGGUCAGUGAUCAAGUGCCUCUUUCGUGAGAAGCUUAUCAACGUGAUCACCGAGUUUUACGAGUCGUGCCCGUCGGUGAGCAUACCGUCCUGCCGUAAUGUGGAUAUCUUCAACUAUGACACCAUGAAGACAUUCAUUCUUGAGAAGUUGGAUACGUUUGUGGCGGCACCAUUCACCGUGCAAAGAAUUUGUGAACUGCUGACCACUCCGCGUAAGGAAUACAAUAGAAUAGAUAAGUAUAUGCGCGCACUUGAGAAAAACAUUCUGGUGGUGAGCACAACAGAGCCUGGCAAUCACAGAACACCUGAGAAUGGUGAUGGUUUCAUCAAUGGCAUUGAAUCAGAUCAUGUCCAGGAUGGAUCACAUGAUAUCAACAUUGAGGAAAUGGAUGAUGCACCCAUUUGGCCAGUGAAAAAUGAAGAUUCAUAUCAGAGCACAUCAAAAGAAGAUCCCUCAAUGGUGGACAAGAUGUACAAUGUGAGGGAUAAUAAUAUUGAACCUGAAGCUGCCACCAGUCAAACCCUAGAGACUGUCAUUUGCUCUCCAUCAGAAGAUCAAACUUUUGUACCAAUUGCAAUAAACUCAGCUGAAAGUGAAGUUAAUCCUGCUGUUGAUGAGGAGAAAUCUGAAACUGAACUGCAAGUUGCCAAUGAAGAGAACACUGAGGCUGUUCCAGCUGUUGUACAGAGAAGAAGGACAAGCAUAGAACCACCAAGUGAACAGACUGAUGAAACCCAACCAUCCAUGCCAAUAGAAGAAACAAAUCAACCACUAACUUGUCCAGAAAGUGAAAUUCAACUGGACAAACCUGAGAUCUCUCUUGACCUUCCAGAAAGUGAGCAUUUACCACAUGGUGGUGACUCAGUCAAAGACAUUUUGCCUGAAGAACCCAAAGAAGAACCUCAUAUUCCAGAAAUUCCUACCUUAGACAUGGCAGCUGCUGGUGAUGCUGGUUUGCACACAGUCAUUGAAUCACCUAGAGAUCCGGAAAACAUUGAAUUAUCUGAACAGGCCGAAAUUGACGUUACCAGCUUUGCCAGUACCAAGCCAGAUGAACUUCCAUUACCCGUUGACAUACCCGAGGAAGUUACCCAACCUAUGCAGGAAUCUGUGAUGCCAAUGCAAGAACAAGAAACUGAUCCAGAGCAAGUUGAAAUUCAUCGCGAAAAUCAAGACCACACACAAAUUACUCUACCUCAGGCCGAAACGCCAAUCGAUAUUCCACAAACCGACACACUAUUAGAACCGCAAGAAGCGGUGAUUGGAGAUGAACCAACCGAAUGUAGGGAACCCAUCGACAUGGACAAUUUAGUCGAUGACGUUCCCCACACAUCGGAACAAAGUGCGCCAUCUAUUUCUCCGCCUAUCGUCGAAACACAAGAAGAUGCUCUCGUAGAACCAGCAGAAGAAAAUUCAUCAAUUCAUAUUUCGAACGAACAGAAAGCGCUUGAAACAAUGGUGCAGCCUGAUAUAAUUCCUGAAGUUGUUGAUGAUGUAUUGCCGGUCGUGGAUUCAACUUUGUCUACAAACUUGGAAACAGCUAUGGAGGUGGAUACACCAGAAUUGCCGUGUGUUGAAGACGCGCCGAAUGAUUCUACCGAUUCAGCCGACUCGAAUAAUUGAUUAUUAUCUUCGGUUUAGAACAGGAAAACAGUGAAAGACAAAAAGAAAAUUUAAAUUGAUUGUAGCGUAAGUUAGGGCUGAUUGCUGGUUCCAUCGGCAGUCACAGCAUCGCUCACACAACUUCCCGAAAUGUCUGAUUUUGUACAGACGGUGGGUCACACAAGCAUCUCACACUCAACAUCAACCUACUACCAAUAGCUAGAUCGAGAAAUACGGACUAAACUAGAAAUUAUAAUCAGUGUAAUUGGAUGUUCUUCAGUUGAUUUGAUUUCCGCCUGAGUUUGUCACGACGUAUAUGUUCUUAAGAGAUGUCGUUAGGUUCUUAAAAUUAGUUUAAUAUUUUUAUAUAAAACGAAUGGCAUCACUGCGAGAUUCGAACGAAUACUUGAAAGUGCCUGUUAUUGAUUUGAUUUGAGCACUGAAUUGGUUUGGUUUCACACAUAAACAAAUAUCGGCCAAUUCGGAACACAAACAUGCAGUAUUUAUAUUUCUUUAUAGCGUGAUUAACUUAAAUAAAAAUACACGUACGCUGGACUCUGCCUUCAAUGGAUGCAAAGUGUCGCCAUGUCAAGUUUUCACAGUUUCUGUUCGAGCGUUAAGUGUUUUUAUCUCUACACUACCCGAUUGUUAUUUUUAUAUUGGAUACUUUACCAUGAAAGCUGCGUUUCCGCAUUUGCAAACCGCAAAAUUGAACAUGAGACAUUUUUUACGAAGCAUUGUAUACAAACAUUUCUAAGUGAUCAGUACAUCUGUAUAUCAUAAUAAAGAAACGAAUAUGAAAUUA